UAAAGAAAGUGUCUCUAUCCUCCAGGCUGACGCUCACUUUUGUCUUUUGUUGAAAGUGCUCCUCCCCACCCCCUUUUUCCUGUGUUACUCCGCUGUGGCGGAAGUAAGUCGUAUCGCUGAGGCCUCAUCCUUCCAAUGGCGACUGCAAACAGGCUGAAUAGAAAGCGGGAGCAACCGUGGAGGGGGUCAGAGCUGUGUAGCCGAAAUUAAAUAAAUAUAUCCUAUUCUCCGUAGUCAUAAAGUUAGCCUAAAAUUUGUCUCACCUCUCCAAAUCACGGCCGAUUCAAUGGCCAAAAAUCGGAACAUUUCGCUCCUUGAGUCGGAGCUCUAUUACUUGAUUUCUCGUUUUCUAACAACGGGUCCAUGUCGGAGAGCGGCUGAGGUCCUGGCGAGUGAACUACAGGAAUAUCAGCUCUUACCGGGGAGACUGGACUGGCUUGGAAACGAGCACCCGAGAACAUAUGAAGAUGUGGUUGCAGCCAACAGACAUAUUGCACCAGACCAUUUGCUACGGAUAUGUAAGCAGAUUGGACCAAUUCUUGACAAAGAGGUGCCAUCAUGUGUCCCAGGCGUACACUCUCUCCUGGGGUCUGGAAAACAGUCGAUGCUUAGGACCGCAAAAGACUGUGACAGUGUGCGGUCUCAAGCUUCAUCAUAUGCAGCCCUACACCGGGGCAGACCACCAGAGAGGCCUUUGAACUGCAAGAAACCUCCACACCUAGUGAAGGUUCACCGAGGGAGAGAGCUGACAGGAGUGCAACGCUACAGCUCCAUCAAUCCUGUCAGCAACUAUGAGCGCAUGCGGCUGCACAGGCGGAUCCUGGGGCAUCUGUCUGCAGUGUACUGUAUCGCAUUCGAUCGCACCGGUCUCAGGAUCUUCACAGGCUCAGAUGACUGUUUGGUGAAGAUUUGGUCUUCCUUUGAUGGAAGGCUUCAUUCGACGUUGCGAGGACACUCUGCAGAGAUCACAGACUUGGCGGUUAAUUAUGAAAACACACUAAUUGCCGCAGGAAGCUGUGACAAGACCAUCCGUGUAUGGUGCCUUCGUACCUGUGCCCCCGUGGCUGUGCUGCAGGGGCACAGUGGAUCCAUUACCUCCCUACAGUUCUCACCUUUUGCCAAGGGCUCAAAACGUUACAUGCUGUCCACUGGAACUGAUGCAACCGUCUGCUUUUGGCAGUGGGACGUCAACAACAUCAACUUUAGUGAUCGGCCCCACAAAUUUACAGAGCGGCCGAGGCCUGGAGUUCAGACGGUGUGCUCCUCAUUCAGUCCAGGUGGGAUAUUCUUAGCAACAGGAAGUACUGAUGAUGUCAUCAGAAUAUAUUACUUGGGAAGCGGGAGUCCAGAAAAGAUAUCAGAGCUCCAUGAGCACACGGACAAAGUCGACAGCAUCCAGUUUUGCCACUCAGGUGAAAGAUUCGUGAGUGGAAGUCGAGAUGGAACAGCACGGAUCUGGAAGCUUCAUCAGCGACAGCAGUGGAGGUGCAUCUUGCUCAACAUGUCUGCCACUCUUCCCGGUGCUGAAACAAUGAGUGAAGAAGAAAGCUACUUCAAACCCAAAGUCACCAUGGUAGCGUGGGAUCGCCAUGAUAAUACAGUCAUCACGGCUGUUAACAACCAUCUCCUCAAAGUGUGGAACUCCUACACAGGACAGCUGCUACAUAUCCUUAAAGGCCACGAGGCUGAGGUGUUUGUCCUGGAGCCGCACCCGUUUGAUCCCAGGAUCAUCCUGUCUGCCGGCCAUGAUGGGAAUGUCUUUAUAUGGGAUCUGCUGCGAGGGACAAAUACACAGCACUACUUCAACAUGAUUGAGGGCCAGGGUCACGGAGCAGUUUUCGACUGCAAAUUCACCCCGGAUGGCCAACGCUUCGCCUGCACAGACUCCCAUGGCCAUCUGCUCAUCUUUGGCUUCGGCAGUUCCAAGCCGUACGAGAAGCUUCCAGACCAGGUGUUCUUCCACACAGACUACCGACCGCUGAUCCGGGACACCAAUGGCUUUGUGCUGGAUGAACAGACGCAGCAGGCACCUCAUCUCAUGCCCCCGCCCUUCUUGGUGGAUGUGGAUGGAAACCCCCACCCACCAAGGUACCAGCGUCUUGUCCCAGGCCGGGAGAACAUUGCUGCUGAACACCUGGUUCCUCAGCUGGGAUAUGUAGCCACCAGUGAUGGUGAGGUGGUGGAGCAGGUGAUCAGUCAGCAAACUGCAGAGCACGAAGAGGUUGCAAUAAGACGCAGCAGCCUUCUAGACGAGGCCAUCCGACAUCUGCAGCAGCAACAGGACCGGCAGAACCAACCUGGAACGGCGGCAGCUCCUGAGGCUGGAGCCGGACCAGAAGGGCAAGCUGAGGCACAGGGCCCAGCCUUGGCACCAGCACCAAGCACACCACGCAGAGUGUCUGUGAAUGAUAGAGCAGAUGUGCAGUCACCACCUAAUGUGGGGCUGCGCCGCAGCGGACAGGUGGAGGGUGUUCGUCAGAUGCAUCAAAAUGCUCCUCGCAGCCAGAUGGCUACCGAGAGAGACCUGCAGGCCUGGAGACGCAGGGUGGUGGUGCCUGAACUCCCAACCAGCAGCUACCGGGACCAGGAGGACGUUCGAGCAGCUAAAGGAGAUGACGAGGUGGCUCUGUACAGUACAAAGAAGAGACGCAUUAUCUACAGCAGCUGUCGAGAUGAUUCAGAUGACGAACCUUCCACUGCGAAGCGGGCACACGGCCACGGUGACGGGCUGGAAUUCAUGGACUUGUCAUGUGAAGAGGGAGAGGAGACAGCAAGCUCCGAGGUACAUAGUGAGGACAAUGAGUUGGACGGCAGUGAGCUGGAUUCCUCCAAUGACGAGGAAGAGUGGAAUAGUGACAGCUCAAGCCACACGUCAAGCGAGUACUCCGACUGGACGGCGGACGCUGGCAUCAACCUGCAGCCCUCCACCCCCUUGUCGUCACGCAAACGAGUGCAGCGCAGACUCAGCACCUCUGAAGAGGAGGAGGAAGAGAAUGAGGAAGAGGAGGAGAAGCAGCAGCAGCAGAGUGAUGAGGAGGAAAAACCUGGGAAGAAAAGCAAAGAGAAGACCAAAAAACUAAAGAAUAAGUCACCCAGGCGUCCGAAGGCCAGACCAUCCAUCAACAGAGAAGUCUCUAAUGAGUUCAGACCCUCACCAUGGAUCACUGAUGUCAUUCCCAGGAAGUCUCCUUUUGUUCCCCAAAUGGGCGAUGAGGUGAUCUACUUUCGGCAGGGACACGAGGCCUACGUUGAGGCCGUGAGCCGGAGUGACCUGUACCCCAUCAACUUAGACAAACAGCCCUGGAAGAAAAUGGAGCUGCGGGACCAAGAGUUUGUGAAGAUAACUGGGAUUAAAUAUGAAGUCUGCCCUCCAACACUUUGCUGUCUGAAGCUGACUCUUAUUGAUCACGGCACUGGCAAAAUCACAGACAAGUCAUUUUCUGUCAAGUAUCACGACAUGCCAGAUGUGAUUGAUUUCCUCGUGUUGAGGCAAAGUUAUGACGAGGCACUCCGUAGAAACUGGCAACCAAACGACAGGUUCCGUUCAGUGAUCGACGAUGCCUGGUGGUUUGGGACCAUCGUCUGUCAGGAGCCUUACCAGCCAGAAUAUCCUGACAGUCUCUUCCAGUGCUUCAAAGUCAGAUGGGACAACGGGGAAACCGAGAAACUGAGUCCUUGGGAUGUUGAACCUAUUCCAGAUGAUGCCCAGCAGCCAGAGACAGAAGGAGGUGGCAUCCCCGCGACAGCAGAUGAGAUGAGCGAGCUUAUGUACAAGCCUCUGCCAGGGGAGUGGGGGGAAAGGAGCAGGGACGAGGAGUGUGAACGCGUCAUCUCUGGCAUCGACCAACUCAUCACCGUCGAGAUUGCAGCUCCCUUCUCUGGUCCUGUGGACUUAGUCCAAUAUCCCACCUACUGCACUGUGAUUGCUUAUCCCACCGACCUGGGCACCAUCAGACUACGACUCCUGAACAGAUUCUACAGGCGCCUCUCAGCAUUAAUUUGGGAUGCCAGGUAUAUUGCACACAACGCCCGCACUUUCAAUGAGCCAAGGAGCAAGAUUGCCCACUCUGCAAAAAUCAUCACAAAUGUCCUCCAGAAAUUUGUCAAUAACCCAAGUUGUACAGAUAUCAUGGAGAUUUACAAUGCUGUUGAAGAAAUGGAUGAUGAUGAUGAGGAAGAGGAUACAGAAGCACCAGGAACAUCCUCUGGACACAGACUGCGUCAGCGCUCUGUAGAGGUGGUGCCUGACAGAGACGCCUGGAAGGAACAGUGCAAGAAUCUGCUCAAUUACAUAUUUGAGUGUGAGGACUCUGAACCGUUCAGACAGCCUGUGGAUCCUCAGAACUAUCCAGACUACCAUGACAUCAUUGAUACACCAAUGGACUUUAGCUCAGUGAGAAGGACUCUGGGCGAAGACCGCUAUGAAAAUCCUAUAGAGCUGUGCAAGGACACCCGGCUAAUAUUUGCCAACGCUAAAGCCUACACACCCAAUAAACGCUCCAAGAUUUACAGUAUGACCUUGCGGCUCUCUGCCUUCUUCGAGGAGCAUAUCAGAACAGUCAUAUCCGAGUAUAAAACUGCCGUUAAGAGCAGCGAUAGGCUCCGCCGCAGCCAGAGGUUCCGCAAGAAAAUGCAGCAGCAAGAUCAGCCCUCCACCACAACAAGUCAAAAGAGAGCUGCUGUAAAAACUCAGGAAAAAGUUGAGCCGACGUCAGUGACCAAAUCUACCUCAGCCAAAGUGUCUGUUCCUGAGAGAGCCAGGAGGACUCGAAACAGCAGCUCAGGUCACAGAUCCUCUGAGGACGACUCUAAAGCUGCUUCGUCAACUCCCGAGUCUGAGAGUGAGAGCGAGCUGAGUGAGUCAGAGGAGGAUAAACGUCCAGGUUCCUCAAGGCAACAUAAACUCAGACAGAAAGCAAGAGCUACGAGAAGCAACCGGGCCAAGCAGAGGAAAAAAGCUGCAGAGAGCGAUAGUGAGGAGGAGGAAGAUGACGACGAAGAAGAGGAGGAGGAAUUCGACAGUGAAGGUGAAGAUGGAGAGGAUGGAGAGAUUUCCUCCCAGUCUACAGGUCGUCGCUAUCCCAGCAGGAAUAAAAACAGCAGGAGCACACGGCUGACCAGAAACAGUGCCGGCGCAGACAGGAAACGCACAGAGGGCAGAGCAGAGGUGAACGGUCACAGCAGCAGGUCAUCUCGCAGAGAGAGGCGACACCACCAGGACUCCGACAGAGCCACAUCCCAGGGCUCUGACAGGGAAGAGGAAAUCACAGUUCGGCGGUCGGCGCUCAAGAGAAAGACUGCAAGGGCGGCUGUGAAUAAGAUCAAACUCCUUGAAGCAUCAGAUGAAGACUAUGAGGAGGAGGAGGAGGAGGAGGAAGAGGAGAAGUCAACAAGGAGCAGCAGCCGCCUCCGCCACACAGCCCGGGCCAGCAAACGCACCGCAGUGAUUCAGAGCAGCUCUGAUUCUGAUGAAGAGCCUUCAAGACGGGCUUCUCGGAAAACGAAGGAAUCAGGUGAUGAAUCCAAGGAUGAGGAGGAUCGCAAUGACAGUGAUGCUUCCUCCUCCCAGAAUCAUCAGAAUGGAGACACAAGGUCCAACAAACAGAAGACUACACGACAAGCUGCUAAGACCAAGGAAAAUGAUACUUUGUCCCAAGUCAAUGGACACAGUACAAAACAUCACAAGUCUGACAGCAACUCUGAGCAAGAGGAAGCUGCAGAAGAGAGCUCUGGAGAAGCAGAAGAGGAGGAGGAGGAGGAGGAAGAACAGGAGGAACAGGAGGCUGUGUCUCAGAAACCCUCCAGAAGCACAGCAACCACUCCAGCCAGAAAAAAGAGGAUCACAAGUGAGGAAGAGGAAGAAGAAGAGGAGGAGGAAGAGGAGGAGGAGGAGGAGGAGGAAGAAGAAGAGGUAGAGGACACUGAACGCAGGCCCACACGACACAAACUUCCUGUAAGCUCAGAUGAAGAGGACAAAGACCAUAGGUCUCAGAAACACCCACACCAAAAUGGAAGAAAUGUGGAAGAAGCCAUCCACAAGGACUCUAAGAAAAAGAGUAAAGUCUCACCGUCAAAAAGCCAAGAUAAACAAAAGUCUGCCUCAACUAAUAAACUGGAUGGUGCAGAAUCAGAGGAACUCAGUGAUUCUCCAAAGAGAUCCAGCCCACGCAAGAAAAGACUGAAAAAAGACGAUGUAGAAAGCAAUCACUCCAGUGAGGAAUCUGAGGUUGAAACCAAGUCAAAGAGGCCAACGAGAAAUAAGGGUAAAUCGAAAUGGCCUCAUGGUGACACCUCAGCUUCUGAAAGUUCUGAGCAGGAAUACAAACCCAAGAGGAAGUCGAGGAGGAAACGCUCUACUGGCUCAUCAGACGAAGAGUCAGAUAAUUCUGACAACACGUCAAAAAGGCGACUGGGCCUUCGAGCCCUACCGAAAAAGAAAUACAUCAGUGACAACUCUCUCUCUGAUGAAGACUCAGCUUCUGUGAGCCAGGGUAAACAGAGAAAUGGUAACAAAUCAGCCAUAGUGUCUAGGGAAGACAGGAAUAACAAAAGAGAGUCUAACAGAACCUCUCCCAAUGAAGCCAGGAAUCCGCCGUCUUCCAAGAGAAAACGUAUUUACACCUCAGACUCUGAAGAGGCAGAGCAGGGUGGUGAGAAGGAGCCAGUGUCCAAGAACAAUAAAAACAGCCGAUCAGACUCCUCAAAGCGCCCCAAAAGGGAAUCCAAACAAGACGAUGGUAACAGCAACGAGGAAGACAGCUCUCCCCAAUCAGAUUCCAGCAAGGAGGAGAAACAAGAUGGUGGUCGUUCAAAGAGUGGGAAAAAGAAGAAGAAGAAAGAGGAGAAGCAGAACGCGAGGCGGCCAAAACACAAACGGAAGGAGAGCUACAGCAGCAGCAAUCACAGUUCUGACUCUGAAAGCGAGCAGUUGUCCUCGGCCUCCGAAAACUCGUUUGCCAGCUCAGGGUCCCACAGCAGUCCAAAGAGGAGAAGUCACAGACGGUCUGGGAUUGGUGAAAGGACUGCCAGCCGCCAGCUAAGGCAGCGCCGCCGGCGGUCUGCCUCAGAGGAGGAGGAGGAAGAGGAGGUCAGUGACGAGUCAUACAGCAGACCGCAGCGAAAGACACGUGUCAACACCCGUAAUCGGGGGAAGCGGACUGUGAACUAUCACGACAGUGAAUAAAGGACGUAGCGGCUGGAACUACAGAUGGAGACAGACAUUAACUGGAGACCUUAAAGACACUUGAUGGCCAUGUUAUGGUAGUAGCACUGGAGUCCUCGAGAGAAAAUGCUGUGAAUCUGUUUCAUUCAGGGAUAUUUAUAUUUUCUAUGAAAAACAUGUUUAUAGAUGUAAGACAAAUUCAAGCAUUUGAAUUGCUGGAUUUCACAAGAAUACAGAGCAAAACACCACCUCCCAUACUGCUUGUUGUGAUUUGGCCAGCAGAGUAACCAUUCUGGGGAACCUUGUCAGCUUGGGUGCUAUCUAAUAUACCUCUGUUUAAUCAAGCAUAUUGCUGGCUUGCACUAAGAUACACUGUAAUGAGGUAUUUCAUACACUAGUUUUGCAUUAGAAACUCAGGGGUCAACUAAGUUUACUGUAGUCUCAGACAUGCAGUUGUUUUUUGAGCUGAGGUUUAAGAACAAGAAACAAUUUCAGGUCGGCAGAUGUCCAAGCACACUCACUGGGACAAAACAAAUCCAUGUUCAGAUUUUUGACUACAGCACUCCUUUGUAAAUCCACAUACUUAAUGCUUGACUGUAUAACGAGUUGAUAUGAGCCAAAUGGACGAAUCUGAAUUCUUUUCCCCACACCAUUUCAUUUUCUAAAGUUAGCUUUGUGUUGUAUUCUAGUGAAUAGAUGUAAAUAUGUGAUUGAGAAUGACAAUGUUUGAAAGGUUUGGCGUUCAGUCAGUAGCAAAACGUUUAUUUAAAUUUGAGCUUUUUUUAUUUUCCUUUGGGGUUUUUUUCUUGUUUUUUUUUUUACUGCAUUGUCUUGCCAUAUGUCACAAAUUGGUACUUUUUGCCAAGUACAAGUAACCAAAAGUACUUAUUGCAAAAUACUGUGAUUUCUCAUAUUGGGAAGACCUUUUAUUGUUGUCCUGUGUUACCUAUUUUCAGUAUUAAAUUCUUUUUCAGAGUUGACUUACAACAUUUUGCCAGUCACAUGGUUUAGUUUUGUUUAUGGGGGAGGUUUCUAAAUACAGUCGCUUUGACAUUUGCUUAAUGUUUUUCGUACUACACCUUUAAUAACAGAUUUCACAGGAGAACUAUUAACGCAAUGUGGUUGUGGAGUGCAAUGAAUGAGUUAUUCCUCCUAUUAAUAAAGACAUCAUUUCAAGGC